AUGGAUGAACCUCGAGGCAAAAAGCCGCUGAUCUAUAAAAAAGAGGUGGACUCUUCAAAGGUGAACAUGGAAGUGAUCAAACAUUGGAUUGAGGAGAAGCUCAGCGAACAACUACCGGAGGACGAUAUUGCAGCAGGGUUCAUAUACGAACUCGUGGCAGGGGAGGAACAUCCUGAUAUACAUGCCAUUGAGAAUCAGAUGGACGAUUUUCUCGGGAAACAGGAAAGUAGGACCUUCUGCAAAGCACUAUGGAGGCAUCUUCUUAGUGCCCAAGAAGAUAAGGAUGGCAUUCCGGAAGAGCUAAUUGAGCAGCGUCGAAAAUUGCUCGAGGAGAAGAAAAAGGCUGCACAGGAGGCAUCAAAAUACAACAAGUCUGAAAGGAACAGAGGGUGGUAUCAGCGAGAUAGAAGAGACCGCUUCCAGAGCCGAGGCAGGCAAGGAGACCAAAGAAGUGAUAACGAUGAUCAUAGAAAGUCGAAUUAUAGUCGAAAAGAUUCCAAGAAAACCAACUAUAACAGAGGCAGUGAAGGAAAGCUGUCCAAGAGAGAGCAAUACGAAGAGGACCAUCAUGAUGCCCGAGAACGUGGGCCGAGAGACAGAACUCUUCUAUGA